UAAGCUUAAAUUAAGUAUGAACCAAUCAUUAGAUGCUACAACGCUAAAAUUAGAGCAAAUUAUUAACAAGUCAUACAAAUAUGGAUUCAGUACUAAAAUACAAAAUGAGGAUUUCCCUAAAGGAAUCAAUGAAGAGAUCGUUACUUUAAUUUCAAAAAAAAAAAAUGAACCUAAAUAUAUGCUAGAUUUUAGACUAAAAGCAUAUAAAAAAUGGAAACAAAUGUAUGUUCCUAAAUGGCAAUAUCUAAAAUUUGAACAAAUCAAUUACCAAAACAUACUCUAUUAUUCUGUACCUAAACAACAAAAAAAGCUACAAAGUUUAAAUGAAGUAGAUCCAGAAUUGCUUAAAACUUUUGAAAAAUUAGGGAUUCCUUUAAAUGAACAAAAAAGAUUAACUAAUGUAGCUGUAGAUGCAGUAUUUGACAGUGUAUCAAUUGGAACAACUUUUAAACAAGAAUUAGCGGAUCAAGGUAUAAUUUUUUGCUCGAUUUCGGAAGCUAUUCAGAAAUAUCCUUCUCUAAUUCAAAAAUAUUUAGGUUCUGUAGUACCGAUUGGUGAUAAUUAUUUUGCAGCACUUAAUUCUGCGGUUUUUACUGAUGGUUCUUUUUGUUAUAUUCCUCCCGAUACAAUUUGUCCAUUAGAAUUAUCAACCUAUUUCAGAAUAAAUAAUGAAGAAUCUGGUCAAUUUGAAAGGACACUUAUUAUAGCAGAUCGAAACAGCUAUGUAAGCUAUCUUGAAGGAUGUACAGCACCACAAUACAAAAAAAAUCAACUUCAUGCUGCAGUUGUCGAGAUUAUUGCUUUAGAGAAUUCAGAAGUUAAAUAUUCUACAGUACAAAAUUGGUAUAGUGGAGAUGAAAAUGGAAACGGAGGAAUUUAUAAUUUUGUUACCAAAAGGGGAUUAUGCGCAGAAAGAAAUUCAAAAAUUUCAUGGACUCAAGUAGAAACAGGUUCUGCUAUUACUUGGAAAUAUCCUAGCUGUAUUCUAGUCGGAAAUUAUUCUAAAGGAGAGUUUUAUUCUGUGGCACUAACAAAUCAUUAUCAACAAGCUGAUACAGGCAGUAAAAUGAUUCAUAUUGGAAAAAAUAGUAAAAGUAAAAUAAUUUCAAAAGGAAUUUCAACAGGCAAAUCAAUAAAUAGUUAUAGAGGGAAAGUAAAAAUAUCAUCAAAUGCCUCUAAAGCACGAAAUUAUUCUCAAUGUGAUUCCCUAUUAAUAGGUAACAGUUCAGAAGCUAAUACAUUCCCUUACAUAGAAGUUCAUAAUAGAUCUUCCAUAAUAGAGCAUGAGGCUUCUAUUUCAAAAAUUAAUGAGGAAAAACUUUUUUAUUUUAUGCAAAGAGGCAUAUCGAUAGAAGAAGCAAUUUCAUUGAUAGUCAGUGGAUUUUGUAAGGAAGUUUUCACUGAACUGCCAUUAGAAUUUGCUUUAGAAGCUGAUAAAUUGUUAGGUCUAAAACUAGAAGGAACAAAUACUGAAGAAUAUAUUCUAAAUGGUAUUAAUCUUAAUGUUAAACAAGGUGAAAUACAUGCUAUAAUGGGGCCCAAUGGCUCAGGUGAAAUUAUAUUUCAAGAGCAAAAUUUAUUAGAUUAUACUAUAGAAGAUAGAGCUAAUUUAGGUAUAUUCUUAGCUUUUCAAUAUCCGUUAGAAAUAUCAGGAGUUAAUAAUAUCGAUUUUCUUCGUCUUGCUUAUAAUUCAAAGCUUAAAUUUAAUCAAACAAGUACAGUUGAUCCCUUGAAAUUCUUAGAGAUUGUCUAUCCAAAAUUAAAGCUAGUUGGUCUUGAUGAAAGCUUCUUACAUAGAAAAGUAAAUGAAGGAUUUUCUGGAGGGGAGAAAAAAAAGAAUGAAAUACUUCAAAUGGCAUUACUAGAUGCUAAACUAGCUAUUUUAGAUGAAACAGAUUCAGGACUAGAUAUAGAUGCUUUAAAAGAUAUUUCAAACGCUAUUAAAAGUAUUUUGAAAAUAAGCCAAUUUAAACAAUCAAUUAUAAUAAUUACUCAUUAUCAGAGGAUUCUAAAUUAUAUUCAACCAGACUAUAUUCACGUAAUGUAUAAAGGCAAGAUAAUUAAAACAGGUGAUGCAAGCCUAGCAAGUGAAUUAGAAUCUAAAGGUUAUGAAUGGAUAACUAGUGAAUAAUAAAUAAAAUUAAAAGAAGAAAU